AAAAAAAAAAAAAAAAAAAAAGCCUUGUGUUUUCCGAACGCCCAUCCCUUUCAGAUAACGCAUCAAUCGCUUAUCUAUAACGUGCGAAAUCGAGACGAGAACGAGACGAGAUACGAAUCCCCGCACGAAGAUACCAGAAAUUUUGAUAAAGAGAUAGGUAGAGGGGGUCCGCGCGCGCUGGAAAGACUGGGAAUACUGGAAGGAAGGAAGGAUGUUGGCGCCGGGGUGGGUUUAUUGGACAAUAUGUUCUCUGUCGAUCGGUGCCAGGAAUGUCGUUGGCGAUGAAGGAUUGUCACAAUCAACAUGUCCGGUGCGAGUUGAGCCGGAUGUGCAGGUGGCGACUAUUCAGUGGCCGAUGUGUGUGGAGGAUAGAUGGACGGAACGAGAAGAGGCGGUAACGUCAACGACGACGACAACGGUUGCCGCUACGGCGACAGAUUCGCCCAGUGCUGGUGGUGUUGAUGGACAACCCGGCCAUGAAGACCUUGAUACCGAAUCACCGCUUGAUAAUGCGAACUUCCUAUCGUUCGAGGACUGGAAGAAGCAGAAUCUGGCCAAGGUUGGGCAGUCAGUUGAGAAUGUGGGAGGGAGUCGGCGAUCUGGCGCAGCAGGUAAACAGCUCCGUGGGAGACCGACGGGGAUCAACAAUGCGCUGGAUUCGCUUGGCGAGGACACGGAGAUUGAAUUGGAUUUUGGGGGCUUUGGAACGACACAGGAGGCUACCGCGGCGACUGCAAAGCCUACGUCUUGGGAUUCGGCGGUGCAGCCUGGAUCGGGUUUGGACAGUGUUAGCGAGAGAGAAAGGCAUAUUGAGGAGGAAAAUGCUUUAGCACACAGCGUUCCACGAACGGGUAUUUCGCGACGGAAGGACGCCGGCACGACCUGCAAGGAGCGGUUUAAUUAUGCCUCGUUUGACUGUGCGGCGACGGUACUCAAGACCAAUCGAGAAGGUAUGGGGUCGUCGUCGGUUCUGAUCGAGAACAAAGACAGCUACAUGCUGAACGAGUGCCGGGCUGAUAACAAAUUCCUCAUACUCGAGCUGUGCGAUGAUAUUCUGGUCGACACGGUCGUUCUCGCCAACUACGAAUUCUUCAGUUCUAUCUUCCACACCUUCCGGGUUAGCGUGUCGGAUCGGUAUCCCGCGAAACUCGACCAGUGGAAGGAGUUGGGAGUGUACGAGGCACGGAAUACACGGGAGGUGCAAGCAUUCGCCGUGGAGAAUCCACUGAUCUGGGCACGGUAUUUGAAGAUCGAAUUCCUGACCCAUUAUGGUCAUGAAUUCUACUGUCCUCUCAGUCUUAUUCGUGUACACGGGACCACAAUGUUGGAAGAGUACAAGCAUGAUGGUGAUGUUGGACGAGUGGAAGAUGAAAUGGACGAGACUUUAGAGGCCCCUGCUAUGGUUGACGGACAUGUGAAUCAUGCACACGAUUUCCCGGCCGCCACGACUGAGUUGGAUAGCACAGCAUCAGCGGAAAUGUGGUUCAAUCGCGGAAAGGAAAUUGAGACGCUUUUACUGAAAGGUCCAUUCGGCAUGACUGAUACGUGCGGUAUUCACGCGACGUCUGCCGAAGCGGCUGGAUUCGAGGAGUUGACCCAGACGGUUGAUUCUACGGUGCCGGGUACCAACGAUGCUACAUCUGUUUCCAGUGUUGAGGAUACGGAUACUACCCCCGGAACUGAUGCAGCACCAAAGGAGGCUAUGGUGGAUGUACAGAGAGCAUCUGGAUCGGUGAAUAGUACAUCGACGACAUCUACGGUAGUCUCUGAGACGGCCCAGCAAAACGCGACAGAGACCGAUUUUCAGAAAGAAGAUACCGUUAGUCCUUCGCCGGAGGUGAUCCGGUCGACGACCACGACAACAUCGACCACGCAGCCACCAUCUCCGAAUCCGACAACGCAGGAAUCAUUCUUCAAAUCGGUGAACAAGCGACUCCAAAUGCUGGAGUCAAAUUCCACCUUGUCACUUCUGUACAUCGAAGAGCAAUCACGGAUCCUGCGCGAUGCGUUCAACAAAGUCGAAAAACGGCAACUCGCCAAGACGUCGACUUUCCUUGAAAACCUGAAUCAGACCGUCCUGGAUGAAUUGAAGCAGUUCCGGGAACAGUACGACCAAGUGUGGAAGACGGUGUUGCUGGAGUUUGAACAUCAACGUAUCCACCACCAUCAAGAGCUGUACGCGAUGAGCGGCCAGUUGGGUGUUCUGGCGGACGAGCUUGUCUUUCAGAAGCGGGUCGCAGUAGUUCAGAGCAUCAUGGUUCUCGUUUGCUUUGGCCUUAUCCUCUUCUCGCCCCGGGGUGUCGUGGGAAGCUACAUCGACUUCCCUAGUGUGCAGAACAUGGUCUCGCGGUCAUACAGUAUGCGAUCGUCAUCCCCAACUUUCGAGUCCCCGUCUAUGAGUCCGAGUUCGACGCGACCGGCUUCGUAUCGUCAUAACCACAGCCACAGCCACCACCGCCAUCAGCAUCAUCACCAUCACCAUCGGAGAAAUAUCUCAGAAGACUCACAGAACGGCGGUCUUGCCAGUCCGACGAUUGCGUAUUCUCCGCCUACCCCGACAUCCCCAACGUCGGAUGAGGAGAGGGAGGAGCAACGUGAUGAUAGUGCUGGUGGUGAGGGGGAUACUGAUAUGCUAGCUAUGUCGCCGGUGGAAUCACAUGUGCGGUCGCGGAGCAGUCCGCCUGUUCUGAAUGGGUGUGUUAAUGAUGGGGAUGCGGAUUAUGAGACUGUGGAAUCGCCUGCAUCGUCUACUUCGCCGACAUGAUCCUUUACAGCUUGUGUUUGGACUUCUAUCUAGAAUAUGCCUGGACUCACCAGGCUAGGCUUACAGCCGGGCUGGCCCUUGGCAUAAUGGGGACAUACAGGGACAUCCCGCCCGAAUCUGGCAGAUUUAUCAUCUAUCUGUCUAAUAUAAUGACAUCUACAUACCGUCGCAGUCGUAUUGUGACUGCGGUGAUACUUGCUAUGUGAUAUUUACAGUGGUGUACAGUACUGGUACUGAGUUGGCUAUUGUUUGUCUGCGUAUUACGGCUGUUGA